ACCUCGCUCUCUUGCAUUUAAUGCACUCAACCACAGUUUCUUCCUCCAAUAACCUUAUUACCUUCUCUCCAUUCUCUAAUAUAUAUCCUUGGCCUACCAUUUCUCAGAUCAUCAGGAAGGAACAUACAGCAACAUUUCUUUCUCUCGACCAUGUCUUUGAUUGAAAUGGCUUCUGCUGGCAAGUUCCGUUACCACAAGCUGAGACCAGAAACUGGGUUUGACGGUGAAACCAGAGACAGAGCGGUGAUUAAUGUGAGGCCGAAGAAGUGGCACAGGUUCAGAAGGAUUCAUACCAGGAGAAGGUUUAGGCUUAAAGUUCCGAGCUUGAGGAGACUGUGGAGGAAGAAAGCCAUGAUGGUGUCUGCCAUGAGAAGAUCAUGUGCCAAAGUGAUGAAGAGAUUGAAAGAGGGUCAAGUUCAUUUUGGCGAUCUAUUUGCUGGCAACUACUUGUUCAUGCAGAUCAACCCCGCAUCAUUGGCCUACCUUGAGAGGGAAAUCACUCUUUCCUGUUUAGUUUAAUUUCUCUCUUUUGGCAUGGCAUGCUUUGGUGUGAACUCUUCAAUCACAUUUAUAUAGAAUAAUUCCUGCCAAAUCAAAAGCUAAUGCCUUGUUUCCUCUUUCAUCUGUUAUGAUCUCUUUUCUCUAUGUAACCUCACCUGAGAAUGUAGAAGAUACCCAUAUGUCUUUGCAUAGAAACUGAUCAAUAUAAAAGAUUGAGUUGGGUAA